AUGGAGGUAUCCGACUGGCGCUCUAGCCGCAAGGCGCUGGGUGCGGACCUCCAGGGGAAACAGGUUUUCGACAGCUCUCGCGUACUUGAUCGUUUAGGUAUCUCUGAAGUUUCCGAUAACCUAGUCACCCAGUGUCGUGCCGCACUCUUCGAAGACAGAACUACUUCUGAAGCUAUCCUACAGCUCAAAAGGCUCGUAGGAAAUGCUGACAAGCUUACUUUGGAUGAGUUGGAGCAGAAGUCCGGAGAGAAGGAUGAGGUCACGCAGGAUAAGAGGAGAAGGGAAAAGGAAAUGUAUCCUCACCUCAGGAAGAUUUUUGAAUUCAUUGAAAAUUUUCCUUCGACUACUACAACGCCACAGACCGUCCGCUAUCGUCGUCAAUUUAUUCACGAUCCGAAGUAUCUCACGCAGGAUGCUCACUUCUGGGGAUUUCCGAGAGGUGCACCCGACUUCUCUUUGAUAGACUUAAACGUAAAGUCUACGCUCUGGCGUGAGCGCGCCGCAUUUGCAGAAAUCAAACCUUCAUCCAAGCAAGGACCCAAACCUGUGAGGACCAGUGACGAUACCGUCCUUUCGCUCGUGACGCAGUGCGCUGAUUACGCACGGCUGCACAUGUCUGCAAGACCUUUUCAGCUUUUCUCUGUCGGCCUGCUCAUCUUCGGCUCCCACUUUUGCGUUGGUAUCUUUGACCGUGAUGGUGUCACAUUUUCUCCAAUACAUGACAUUUGGGCCUACACGGAGCUGUUCAUCCGCGUUGUUCGCCGUAUGGCAUGCGACAUGUCUCCUACAGAGCUUGGUCAAGAUCCCACAGCGGUUGAGGUUCCAGAAGACAGUUCGCUGCCGGGUGCCGCUCGGGCGCUCGCAGGAAGGUUGUUAGGCUCUGACGUUCCCGCCUUUCCAUCGUACACUGUGUCCAUGGGGGAAAACAAUCCCCGCCAGUGGUGUACGGUGGGCCCUCCGCUCUGGACUUCUUUGUCAUUCAUUGGUCGUGGCACGUCCAUAUGGCGCGUUGUCGAGCUUGAUCAUGGCAAGUUGUCGAACUCCGUCGUGGUGAUGAAGAGUGCCUGGAGAAGUAGCAAGCGUUUAGCAGAGGCAGACAUCUACAAGUCCAUUGUUGGAAGUCAUCCUGGUGUUGCCAAGCUCAGCUACGGUGACGAUGUCCAUUUGGCAGACAAGGUGAUCAGCGUCGAUCUCCUUCGUCGGUGCUUCUUGGAGGAGAAAGAAACACCUGUCCUUCAUCGGUUGUUCCUGAAUACGAUAGGACGCCCCAUCUGGGAGUACUCCACGGAGAUUGAGGUGUUGAAAGGGAUUCUUGGAGCGAUGCGAGGCCACGAAUUCCUCUACAAACAAGGCAUCCUGCAUAGAGACGUCAGUGCAGGCAAUGUCAUGCUUCCUCAGCAGCCUGCCGAACCCGGUUGCGAAGGAUUUCUUACUGAUCUGGAGUUCGCUCGUAUCGUCGCUGAUACGAUUUAUCCGAAAACGACAGUCACUAUCCAAGUACCACCAGUACGUCAUCCUUCCGGCAUACGGACUGAGUCAACAACACGCACUCGCACAACGUUUGAAGCCGAGAAGCCAGUUUUACGUGGUGCAGCCAUGACAGGCACAGCGCAAUUCAUGGCAGCUGAGAUAUUGCAUGCAGUAAUACUGCAGGAUGACAGGAAAACGCAAGGAUUACCCCCUGUCACUCACGCGGCAACUCACGAUAUUGAAUCCUUCUGCUGGGUUUUAUCCUACAGCAUCGGAAGGCAUUUGCAGAAACCCAAUCCGUCGACUAAAGCUCGUCACGAGCAACUUCAGAAGUGGUACAAAUCGUGUUUUUCUCAUACGGAUCUGGCCCUUAUCCGGAAGAGUAGGGCCAUGGGGGAACCAUUGGAGCUGGACCUAGCGGCCUUAGGAUGUAUGUCUGAGGCUCUCAGCUCGCUUUUCCACCUUCUGCGAGUUCACGUGAUUCACCACAUAACGGACAAAGAACCUCUCACAUACGAAUUUGUUAUGGGGGAAAUUGAGAAGACUGUCAACACGUUGGAGAAGAGGAAGUAG